ACACCAUAUAUUAAUUUUGCUUAUGACGCUAAUAAUCUUUCAGUCGUGGUCAGGUCAAUUCUUGAUUGAUCUUGAAAGUUAGAGUAGUUUUACUCUACUCACUCUGUGGUGCCUACAUACUCUGUGGUUUUGCUAUCAAUCACGUCAUUUUAUUUACAGAAUUUCUCGUUAUACAGAGUAUAAUAUUCUUAUUGUUAUACAUAUUCGAACGAAGAAUCAAGUCCAAUCAAGUCUGUCAUGUGUUUCGAUUAAUGUUGCAAAUAAUAUAAAAAUUAGGAAAUGGGAAAAGCGAAAAAACUAAAAGUUUCCAAAGGGGAAACGAAACAAUCAAAAGUUACUUUGUUAGAUCAAAUAGAAGAUGAAAAAACAGUGAAAUCAAGAAAUAGAAAUAAGACCAGAGUUCGCAAUGAUGAAGAUGAAGAGUUUGUGGAUUCUUCUCUUUCAAAGAAGAUUUUGUCUCAAGCUAGACAACAACAAAUGGAAAUUGAGGAGGAAACUGGAUUGAUACAAACAGGAUCUACAAAGAAGCCGAUAGUAAAACUUUCCACUGAAUUUAGUGAUACAGAGGAACAAUCAAGCGAAGAUGAACUGGAUAAUUCACAAUAUUAUGAAAAUAUUGAAAUAAAUGAAGAAGAUGAACGAGCUAUACAAAUGUUUAUGUCUAAGGAUGCAGCUCCCAUAAAGACAUUAGCCGACAUAAUAUUAGAAAAGUUAACAGAGAAAAAAACAGAAAUUGAAACUCAAUUUUCAGAUGCAGGUUCUAUGCAAAUGCAAGAAUUAGAUCCAAGAGUUAAAGCAAUGUAUGAAGGUGUCAGAGAUGUUUUAACAAAGUAUCGCAGUGGAAAAUUACCAAAAGCAUUUAAAAUUAUUCCUAGUUUAAAAAAUUGGGAACAAAUAUUGUACAUUACAGAGCCGCAAAGAUGGUCAGCUGCAACAAUGUAUCAAGCUACUCGAAUAUUUGCUUCUAAUCUUAAAGAGAAAAUGGCACAAAGAUUUUAUAACUUGGUACUAUUACCCCGUAUUAGAGAUGACUUGGCAGAAUAUAAAAGAUUAAACUUUCAUUUAUAUCAAGCACUACGAAAAGCAUUAUUUAAACCUGCUGGUUUUAUGAAAGGAAUUUUACUUCCUUUACUAGAAUCUGGAACUUGUACAUUAAGGGAAGCUGUUAUUAUUGGAUCUGUGAUUGCCAAGAAUUCAAUACCAAUUUUACAUUCUUCAGCGGCAAUAUUGAAAAUUGCAGAAAUGGAUUAUACAGGUGCUAAUAGUAUUUUUCUUAGAAUAUUUUUAGAUAAAAAAUAUGCACUUCCAUACAGGGUCAUAGACGGUGUUGUAUUCCAUUUUUUAAGAUUCGAAAGAGAUCCCAGAGAAUUGCCAGUUUUAUGGCAUCAAGCAUUAUUAACUUUUGUGCAACGUUACAAAAGCGAUAUUAGUUCUGAACAAAAGGAGGCUUUAUUAGGAUUAUUAAAGAAGCAAUGUCAUCCUUCGAUUACUUCUGAAAUACGAAGGGAAUUGCAGCAUGCAAAAUGUAGAGACCUAGAAAUCACAGAACCUAGACCAGAACCAAUGGCUUGUUGAAAUAAAAAUUCCGAUACUCUUUGCCACGAAUAUAUAAUAUUUAAUCACUUUUCUGAUUCUUGAUUAUUAUAAAUUAUAAAAUUAUUUAAAACUAAAAAUU